AUGGAUCAAAUGCUUCCUAGUCCUGGGUUCAGUAUACCCAGUAUUGGGACUCCUCUUCACCAGCCCGAAGAGGACCAACAAAUUUUGCCUAUGGCCCAACAGCAACAACAAAAUCAACAAGGCACACCCCUUCAGCAAAUGCCUCUCUUAGGAUCUCCACAGAAAACAAUGCACACAUAUGCUCCUGCAGGCUUUACUACCCCUCAAAGUUUGAUGCAACCUCAAACUCCUCAUAAUAUGAUGUCACCCAUGGUGGCAUCUGCCAGUCAAAUAGUAGCUCCUUCAAGUUUAGGGCCUGCAACUCCUGGUCCUAUGACACCAAUGACUCCUUCCUCAGCGGAUCCAGGAAUAGUGCCUCAGCUCCAAAAUAUUGUAUCCACUGUCAAUUUAUGCUGUAAACUUGAUCUUAAAAAGAUUGCAUUGCAUGCUCGUAAUGCGGAAUAUAACCCUAAAAGAUUCGCAGCAGUUAUCAUGAGAAUACGGGAACCUCGAACUACAGCUUUGAUAUUUAGCUCAGGCAAAAUGGUAUGUACUGGAGCGAAGAGUGAAGAAGAUUCUCGUCUUGCAGCAAGAAAAUAUGCUCGAAUUAUUCAAAAACUUGGUUUUCCUGCAAAAUUCUUAGACUUUAAAAUUCAGAACAUGGUUGGCAGCUGUGACGUUAAGUUCCCUAUAAGAUUGGAAGGCCUUGUACUUACCCAUGGUCAGUUUAGUAGUUAUGAACCUGAAUUGUUUCCAGGAUUAAUUUAUCGAAUGGUGAAACCAAGAAUAGUCCUUUUAAUUUUUGUAUCAGGAAAAGUUGUGUUGACUGGUGCAAAAGUGCGUCAAGAAAUUUAUGAAGCUUUUGAUAAUAUUUAUCCCAUUUUGAAAAGUUUCAAAAAACAGUAA